AUGUUUGAGGCUCUUCUGCCGAAUAAGGAUUUCCCAGUUGUCCCUCCACCACCAUGCACAUCUGGGCCUACUAGUUUAGGGACAAUUGAGCCAACCACUUCAGCACUACCUCCUACCUUUGUGACUACACCAAGGGAAACUAUACAUAAGAUAGGUAGUAGUGAGUGCGAGGAGGAGGAAGAGUACGAGUCUAAUUAUGAGUCUGGAGAUAAGGAGGGAGAUGUUCUGA